UUCCAAAAAAAAAAAAACAAUCCCCAAUCCGUUCUCCGAACCCUGCCUAUCCCUCCCUUAAUCCUCACCUUCACCGAGACGGCGGCUCCCGGCGGUGCGCCGAGCGCGACACCGGCAACAGGCGGCACCAGGUGACGCGACUCCGACUCCUCCACUAACCACCUCAACCUCCCCCGUGUUACAGUCGCCGCCGACCUCCACCAGAUCCGGUACGGUGCUCUUCUACCUCUGCCAUCGGAUUGGACAGGGGCGCGGGGCUCCGGCUGGCCCUCGGUUCGCCCACUCCACUGCAGCACUUCAACCUAAAUGGAGGCCACCGUGCUAAGUCUGGGCAAGUCUGUGGUGAUUGGGGCGCUCAGCUACGCCAGGUCUGCCGGUGCUGGGGAGGUAGCCUCACGUCUUGGAGUUCAGCGUGAUCAGGCCUUCAUCGCCGAUGAGCUGGAGAUGAUGCAGGCGUUCCUGAUGGCCGCACACGACGGGUCAGAGGACAAGGACAGGGUGGUCAGGGUCUGGGUGAAGCAGGUCCGCGACGUGGCCUAUGAGGUCGAGGACUCCCUCCAGGAAUUCGCUGUCCGGCUACAGAAGCAGUCUUGGUGGCGCGUUGCUCGCACCCUUCUGGACCGGCGCCUCGUUGGCAAGCAGAUGAGGGAGCUUAGAGCCAAGGUCGAGGAUGUCAGCCGCAGGAACAAGCGCUACCGCCUCAUCAAUGGUGACGGCUCUGGUUCCAAGCCUAGCAAUAUCUCCACGACCACAAGUGAGUUCCCCGUUGCUGGCGUAACAAUGUCCGGCGCCGAGGAAGCUAGGCGGCAGUUGGACAAAGCAAAAAUGGAUCUCAUCCGCCUGAUCAGUUCCAAGAAGGAUGACGCCCUUAGAGUAAUCGCAUUAUGGAGAGCAAAUGGUGAUCUUGGGGAGACCUCUGUCAUAAAAAAGGCAUACGAAGAUCUGAAGAUGCACAAGAAGUUUGAAUGCUUUGCUUGGAUCAAGUUGGUGCGUCCUGUCAAUCCAACAGAGUACUUGCGGAGUAUUUUGAGGCAGUUUUAUGUAAAUUCACUACAAGGGACAACUACGGAGGCGCAAGAUCUGAGGUGGAUGGAGAUGACAAAGGAAAAUGAUUUGGUUGAUGAGUUCAAGAGAUUUGUGAGUACAAAGAGUUACCUGAUUGUGCUCAAGGACAUACGUACUAUUGAAGAAUGGGACUGUGUUAAAGUUUUCUUCUUAAAUUACAAGAAAGGAAGUCGAAUCAUAGUAUCCACGGAGCAAGUUGAGGUUGCUAGCUUAUGCAUAAGACAACAGACUGCAGCAGCUGACCACAAGCAGUUGCAUAUGGACCAGGCUCUCUAUGCUUUCUACGAGAAGAGGCAGAGCCGGAUGUGGGGGGCGUCCGAAGGCAAAGCAAAAGGUGAAGGCGCCAUCACAAUGGGUUUGCAAGAUGGAGCUGAUGCAACUGAGGCAGGGUCUAGCUUUAACAUAGCUAGUACCACUAGUAGCAACUCUGCAGACAACAAGAGCCUCGCUCACACAGAGACGGCGAUAGCUGAUUUUAAGGAAUAUGAGCAAGUCGGUCGAGAGAAAGAAAAAUCUGAUAUUAUCAAACUAAUUUCAAAUGAAGAUAGCCAACAGCUUGAUGUGAUUUCUGUGUGGGGAAUGGGCGGUCUUGGGAAAACAACACUAGUUAGAGAUGUGUAUCAAAGCCAACACCUCAGUGUCAAAUUCAGGUACCGCGCUUGUGUAACAAUUAUGCAUCCCUUCAAUUGUGACGAGCUCAUCAAGAGUUUAGCUCGACAAUUAGAUGCAGAGGAUUAUGAAAAUAAGGAGGAAGCAGGCUUGGCGGGUGGCAGAACAAAACCUAGGCUCCAACGGUCACUGACGGAUAUUUUAGAAGGAAAGAAGUACUUGAUUGUUCUUGAUGAUCUAUCGUCUACCACAGAAUGGGACUCUAUAAUACAACAUUUACCUGCAAGGGAAACAUCAAGUCGUAUCAUAGUUACCACAAGGUCAGAAAAUAUUGCUAGGCACUGUUCAAAGAAACAAGAAAACAUAUACAAGCUUCAAAUUCUGGGGUAUGAAGAUGGACUUAACCUCUUCAUGGAAAAGGUAUUUCACAAGAUUACAUAUCUGAAUGAUGAAUAUCCGGAGUUGGUUGAACAAGCAAAUCUGAUCCUAAAGAAGUGUGAUGGACUUCCCCUUGCAAUUGUCACCAUAGGUGGCUUCUUGGCAAACCAACCUAAAACCGCUUUGGAGUGGAUGAAAUUGAAUGACCAUAUUAGUGCCGAGUUGGAGAUGAAUCCAGAGCUUGAAAGGAUAGCAGCAGUCCUUAACAAAAGUUACGAUGGUUUACCCUACCAUCUCAAGUCAUGUAUGUUGUAUUUCUCCAUCUUCCCCCAAGAUGACAAGGUUAGCCGAAGACGUCUGGUGCGUCGGUGGAUUGCAGAGGGCUACUCAAGGGAGUUGCGUGGCAAAUCCGCGGAGGAAAUAGCGGAGAGCUAUUUCAUGGAACUCAUAAGCAGGAGCAUGAUCCUACCAUCUCAAGAAUCCAUUCAUAGUCGAAGAGGAGUUGACUCCUGCCAAGUCCAUGAUCUCAUUCGUGAAAUUGGUAUCUCAAAAUCAGCGGAGGAUAAUCUUGUUUUCACAUUGGAGGAAGGCUGCGAAUUAAACAACCGGGGAACAAUACGCCAUCUUGCCGUAAGUAGUAGCUGGAAGGGAGAUCAGUGUGAGUUCAAGAGCAUAGUGGACAUGUCUUGUAUAAGAUCAUUAACGGUGUUUGGGAAGUGGAGGCCAUUUUUCAUGUCUGAGAAGAUGAGGUUGCUGCGAGUGCUGGACCUAGAGGGGACAUCAGGUCUAGUUGAUCACCAUCUUACGGGCAUUGGGAAGCUUCUUCAUCUAAGGUACCUUUCUUUAAGAGGAUGUGAUGAUAUUUAUCACUUGCCAGACUCGUUGGGUAACCUGAGGCAGCUGCAGACACUAGAUGUUACAUAUACAAGCAUAAUCAAACUACCGAAGACCAUUAUCAAACUUAGCAAGCUAGAGCAUAUUCGUGCUGGGGGCAUUGGAAGUAACGAUGGUGGUACACAUGAAACAUAUGCAGACACCCUAUGCACUCUGGCUUUGUCGUCAAUGGCAUUCUGUGUGGGUUGUUGCGCACCUCAGGUUCUGAAAGAGGUAAUGGAUAUGGAUGGUGACCCUAACAGGCGUGAUAUAUGCACUGCGUGUUGCUGCAAUAAAUUACCUUCUGCCGCGACGCGCCAAAGUCCAAAUGGUGUCGAAGUGCCAAGGGGCACUCGUAGACUGAAAGCCCUGGACACAAUGGGUGUUGUGAACGUCUCAGGAUCAAGGGGUAGGGCUGUUCUAAACGACCUAAAAAGUCUCACCAGGCUGCGGAAGUUAAGAGUGACCGGCAUCAACAAGAAAAACUCUCAAGACUUGUGUUCAGCGCUUUCAAAGCUCAGUUGCCUGGAAUCUUUGUUAGUGCGGUCAGAGGGAAACCCUGGUUUAUCCGGCUGCUUGGAUGCCCUACCGUCCCCUCCGAAAAAACUACAGAGCCUCAAGCUGUACGGUAACCUGGUGAAAUUGCCCGACUGGAUCGAGGGGCUCCGGAAUCUCGUGAAGAUGGAGCUGCGGAGCAGCAGGAUAUUGGAGGUUGAUGCAGCCAUGCAGGUCCUUGGCAAUUUACCAAACCUGGCCAUACUGCGCCUGCUGAGGCACUCGUUUGCUGGUGAAGAGCUUCGUUUCAGUCUAAAUCGGGACACGGCAUUCCCGAGUCUGACGGUGCUGGAGCUCAGCCUCCUAGACAAGCUCGAAUCUGUGGAGUUCCAAGGAGGGGCAGCCCCAAAGAUCGAGCUGCUGCAGUUUCGUGGCUGGCGCUACAAAGCCAACAUGGUGUUGUUUGCAGGGCUGCCUUCUCUCCCGAGCCUCAAGCAAGUUUUGCUCAAGGGUCGCUAUGAGGAUGGCUUCGUGGAUGACUUGCGGGCCCAGCUUGCGGGAAAUCCAAACAGACCUGUUUUGAAGCUCAACUGAAUUGCUUCAGACUGCAGAUUCCAGGUUCGAUCGCUAAAACCUACUAGCAUACAUCUGUGAGCGUCAAAAGCUUCAGUGAUGAUUUAUGCAUGUACACAUAUUUGGUCAUAGUAGUAUACAUAAGCUGUUUGGUUUUUAUCUCUACUGCAAGAAAAUUUCUACUCUCUCUCGGAUCCAUAUUACUACUUGUCUUAGAUUUGUCUGGAUACGGAAGUCAUCAUAAAAGAAGAAUCCAGUCGGGCCAUUAUGCUCCA